UGUAUUUCCUGUUAGCUUCGCGGUGCCGUAGCGCGACGCCGACAGAGAAGCCAAUCUAUAAUAGCUGAAAAGCGCGUGUCAUUACUUCUUCACUUGUUUGAUUCAUUCCACAUUUGUCAGUUAGAAUGAAGACCCGCAAAGAAGAGGAAAUGCGCAACAAUACAAAAAGUGCAAGUGGACAGGUGGACAUCUUAGAGCUGCGCAAGUUACUUACAACAGGCCAAAUGAGAUUCGCACCAUUACGUCAGGAGCGAUCUAUCAGAGCGCAGAUCCAAGGCCUUUCUCAGGAAGGAUUGGCAUGCUUUGUUCACUUAAAAGCCACAUGGGAGACCUGGUUCCCUAAUGACCCCUACGACGAUGAAAUGUAUCUUAGAUUUUCUCGAUGCAGCCCGGGAAAACCAUUCGACGAAAUAUCCGCCUGGAAAAGUAUGAAGCAUUUUGAUCGCCGUUACUCAGGGCUGACAGCAUCUGCCCUCGAAUUUCAACUACGCACAAAAACUCUGUUUCCACUACCAGGUCUCCGUACGACUAAUCUUCAUGAAGUCUUCUACAUGAGACCCGCCCGAUUCGUUCCUACAAACACUCAAACGAAAACCGUGAUUGAUAAUUUGGUGUAUGUCAUGAGCACCAUGAUGGAGCGCGAAGGUCCAUGUUCCAACGGAAUAUCCUUUAUUGCCAACAUGGAUGACUGGACUAUGAAAUGUUUUACCACCGACUAUUGUCUCCAGUUUAUGUUGACGCUCCAAGGAAGAAUUCCAGCACGAGUGACGGGGUUCUUCAUUGUCAAUCCUCCAUCAUGGUUUGGUUCCAUUUGGAAAAUGAUGAAACCGAUGCUUUCGCCCCAGUUUCGUAAAAAGGUGUACAUGAUUCCUGAGGCGGAACUCAAGCACCACAUGGCGGUCGGCUACGAAAAAUUCCUACCUGAUGAGCUGUCGUCUGGCAGAGCUGAUACAGAUUCCAUUGUGUCGGAUUUUGUCGAUUACAGAAUGUUUGUCGAAGCCCAGCCCUCCAAUGGACAAGGAGACUUGAAAGAAACGGCAAGGAGAUUGAAAGGUGGUUCCGCAGAUGUACGUGGAGGAAAACGUCGCAAUCGUCUCAUUUUUGGAAGAAAGCAGCCACGAAAUACUUCUACCGUAGAGAGUGAAAAGUAACAAUGGAUCCGCGCAAUUACCGACCACCGACUUUCGUGAAUAUUCUACUCACAGUCACCAGAAAAUGGCAGGAGCCAUCCCACAAUCAAAGAAGUGUUGUUAACAUAUAGUGGCCAUUUGGGAUGAU